UGUAACACUGAUUCAGUUUUUAUCGCUAAUUUUCAAUUUUUGUUUUUUUGACAACUCAGACGUUUCGUUUUCCUCGUUGGAGUUUUUCAUUUUAGGGAUUUUAAUUGUAACUUUUUUUUAUAGUUAUGUCGAAAACUAUUCCUUAUAUUCAAGAAUGAAAAUGAUGGUAUGGAUCGUGUAAGUGAUCAGUUGGGAUACCUAGUAUUGUAUUUGGACGGAACAGUGCUUUGCUCAAACGGUGAUCUCGAAAAUAACGAACAUACCGCCAACUUGGUCAGUAGUUUGGUUACCAUUGCAAAAAAUAUACCACCUCACGAAGAAAAGUUCAAGAAAAUUAGUAUUUUAUAUCCAGACGUUGUGUACGCUAUUACUCUAUCCAACGCUAGAAUUUACGUCUCCAAGUUGAAACGACCGAGGCAAAUAACUGAUCAUUCGGAUUUCAUCAAUUUUUAAAGUAGCUGAACUUUAGUUACCGAAGCAAUGUCAGGUUUAUUCCUUAGAAUAUCAAUAUUAUGCCUAUCAUGGUGGGCAAUAAACUGCGAGGAAGUCGUUUCCGCGAAAACGUUAGUCCUGGUGGAUAAUUUUCUCAUUAAAGAAACACAUUCCAUAUUUUUCAA